AUGGCAGUUUGGGACAAAAAGAUUCUCUGGGGCGUCAUGUUCAUCCUGACAGGUGCUCUGGGUCAAAGAGUGAACUAUCCAGAUCCUGUUUGUGGUGUAAAAGGAUCGACCGUCCUCCUCUACUGCUCCUUCAACACACUGAAGUCUGUCAAUAGAAGAAAAGUUUUGAUCGAGAUCAUCAGAGUCGUCUGGUGCAAGAAUCAUGGAAUCUGUUUCAGUUUGACUCCAUCUGUGUACGACAGGAAAUCAAACAUCAACAACUCUCGUUACAGAUACCUGGGAGACAAGAAGGGAGACUGCACUUUACAGAUCUCAGAUUUACAGAAGAAAGACGACGCAACUUUUCACUUCAGAAUGGAAGCUAAUGAUGUCAGAGCAACUUUUACUGAACAACCAGGAGUGAGAGUCACAGUCGUAGAUCAGAUGAAGAUAAGAAGCUCCAGAGAUGACGGAGAGUUUAAAAGAGGAGAAGCAGUCACACUGAACUGUUCUGCUGCAAUCUGCACUAUCCACCAACUGGAGGUCAGCUGGUUCAGAGAUGGCCACGCCCUCUCAGAGACUGGCCCCGCCCUCCAUCUCAGCUAUCUGACUGCAAAGGAUUCUGGGAACUACACCUGUGGUUUGAAGAAGAAGAACCGCACCCUCUCAGUGCCGUACAGCCUGCAUGUGGAGGCUGACGAGGCAGAAGAGGCAGAAGAAGGAAGAGAGCAGCAGGUCGGGAUCAGACAGCCGUGGGACGGGACGGGGAACAAGAGAUACUACCUGCAAAGUUUCGUGAAGAUCGGAAUCACCGUCUAG